AUGGUAUCAGAGCUAUAUCGUUCCUACGCAGCUGUCGCUUCAGGCGCCGGCAACUCUAGUCAAGGAAUGCAGAGCGGCACUCCAAUCAACCAAACUCCAGUCACUCCGAUCAAUCAGACUUCGAUCCAAGGAACACCGGAAGGAACUCCACAGCGGAAUCUUCAGCGGCAGAGAAAUCGAGACUCAGAGGAGAAUCCUCUGUUCAUCGGAGUCAAUGAUAAUCCUUGCACAAUCUUGGUGAGUCCUCCGUUAACUGGAAGUUCGAAUUAUAAUACUUGGUGUAUAUCUAUGCGCAUAGCUCUCGAGGUAAAGAACAAAUGGAGCCUGAUAGACGGGAGCAUCGCAUCGCCAAUAAGAGACCAACCGCAGUAUAAUACAUGGAGACUGUGCAACCUCAUUGUGUGCUCCUGGCUGUUCAAGUCUGUAGAUCCGUCCAUAGCUCAGUCCGUGAUGCAUAUAGACAAAGCCAAGGACAUUUGGGAUGAUCUCAAGAGACGUUUCUCCCAGCAAGAUGCACAACGAAUCUCUCUUCUGCAAGAUGAGAUCCAUGGACUGAAACAAGGCUCUCUUUCAAUCAAUGAAUACUACACCAAAAGUCGCACUCUAUGGGAACAAAUGAACACUCUCAGACCUCUCCCCAUCUGUAAAUGGAAUCCUCGAUGCGCAUGUGGCCUUGUUGAUGAAAUCAGAAAAGAAAGGGAAACAGAUCAGGUAAUACGUUUCUUAAAGGGAAUGAAUGAAGAAUACAGUAGCUUGAAGUCGAAUGUCCUUGUGUUAGAUCCUCUUCCUGAGGUCUACAAAAUUUUUGUGAUGGCUGAGAAAUUAGAGAUGCACAUCAGCCUCAAUAACCUGAGUCUAGGUAGUCUGGAUGUGAUCCAUUCUAAUGUUGUACAGAACACUGCCAUUGGGAAUAAUAAUGAUGAAAUUGUAACAGCUUUCAAUAACCAUAAUGGAAAACGAAAUAACAUGAUGAAGGCGAAAUGUACAUACUGUGGGAUGUCAGGCCACACCGUGGAUAAGUGUUAUAAGAAACACGGGUAUCCUCCUGGUUGGAUUCAAGGAUUCAAAUCCAAAGGCAAGCAACAAUCUAAUAUGAAUGCAGCAGUGACAAAUGAUACUGAGAAUCCGGGAGCAACCUCUGAGCAGCUUCAAAAAAUUCUGUCCAUCCUCCAGCCAAGCCAACAAGUUGGUGCUUCCAACACAACAGCUGUAGUGUCUUUGACACCGAAGUUCGAUGAGAGCUCUUCAAUUGAGGAAGGCAAGUCUCCUAUAACACUUGUUAAUUCAUUUGCUUUAUGUUCAUCCACAUGGAUCCUUGAUUCAGGAGCUACCAAUCAUAUUGUAUACUCUUUGGAUUUUCUUGUCAAUUAUCAAAAGGCAAAUGGUGCAAAAGUGAACUUACCUACUGGACAACGAAUAGCUGUUGAGAAUAUAGGAGACGUGAAGCUCAGUCAUAAUCUGAGGCUAAGAAAUGCCUUACACAUCCCUACAUUUCAGUUCAAUAUCAUCUCUGUAAGCAAAUUGAUUCAGGACUCAUCCUAUAAACUAAUUUUUCUGCCUGGUCAGCGCUUGAUUCAGGAGAGUCUUGGCACGAUAGCUGGUAUAGCUAAAGAAGAUAGGGGUUUAUAUUUGUUGGAGACCACAAGACCACCAGCUAAAGUCUCUGUUGUGCAGCAAGCCGAUCCUGAUGUAUGGCACCAAAGGUUGGGGCAUUUCCCAGUCAAUAAGCUCCACCUUUUUAGCAACAUUGAUAUCAGUCAUAAUGAUUUCUCAAGAUAUACGUGGCUGCAUAUGAUGAAAGCAAAGUCUGAAACGAGACAAUUUUUGAAGAAGUUUCACGCUUAUGUUUUUACCCAGUUUGACAGGCUAAUCAAAGUAUUACGUAGUGAUAAUGGAACCGAAUUCAAAAUGGAAGAGUUCCUCUCAGAUAAUGGAAUCAUCCACCAAAAGUCAUGCGUGAACACACCUCAGCAAAAUGCCAAGGUGGAGAGGAAACACCAGCACAUUCUCAGUGUUGCUCGUUCCCUCCGAUUCUAA